CGUUGCGCAUUGAAAACCCAAAUGGCGGCGCAAGUGCAGUUGGUGUGUUUGUCGACGACGCUGGUGAUCUCGAGUACGGAAAAGACCGUCACUCGGGAUGCACUUUCAAAAUGCAGCGACCUACACUCCUUAACUUUGGUGCCGUCCCUGCUGGAACUCCUCUUCUACACGCCAUCUCUCGAUUCCAGCCACCAGCUCCGGUUCCUGAGCUACGUAGAGACGCAGCACGAAGUCUCGUUGGUGUUCGAGGAGCAGCUUUUGUCCAAAUUCCCUGAGGGGGCGCUGGAAUUCGAGCCUCUACGCUGGAAGGCGCUACAGGUGGCAUCAGCCGGCCCCGGAGCCUUCCUGAGUCAAUUAGCAGUGCUCACACAGCUCACGACGGAGCUGGCCAAGCACGGUAUCAGUGUCUUCCAGAUUUCGACGUACCAGUCGGACUAUGUGUUAGUGAAUGUGGCAGACUUGGCCAAGGCCUUUAAAUGCUUGCAAAGCUUCUGUUCCAUUGAGAUGGAGGACGGGCAAGAGCUAAAAGUGACAGAGCACGGAAAUUCUCAAGAUGAAAUCAUAGAGGUGGAAGAGUUGCCGACAAUGCAUCACCACCCACUUAGUGUCCCGGAUGUGAAGUUGCAUCUUGUGCAACUCAACAGAACGUUCGUGAGGAGACACAUGUACUCGCUCGUGGAGUUGCUGUUUAAAUCGGAGGACACUGCGACGAGAUUUUUAAGCUACUCGGAGACAGGGGAUGAAAUUUCCGUGGUAACCAGCGACGAAUAUUUCCUUGAGAAGGCUCGAGCGCUGAUGGAACAGGGAGAUCAAGGCGUGCUGGUGUCACCGGAUUUUUGGCGGCCUGUGCAGAUCGGCAACACGAAGUUGGGAUUCGCCGAGACGGGAAUUGUAGCGGGCCAGACCCGCGUAUUGGUAAAUGCCGGCACAACGGUAUUUUAUCUUAGCACCUAUGCCAUGGACUUCAUGCUGAUCAAGGAGGACGAAUGGGAGAACGCUCUACCAAUUCUUCGAGACCACUUCAGUCUUACCGAAGGUGUUUUCGCGCCACUAACCGCGUGAGCAAAUAUUUAUAAUAAAAACUUAGCAUUAUGAAAAGGAGGCAAUAAUUUCAACUAUUUUGACACCAA